CGCCACAGGCGGAAGUCCUGCUCGCCUUUCGGUCUCUCUGCCAGGAGUCCGCGGACCUGGGGGCCAGGGGGAGGCAUGCAGAGGCGCCCGCCGAGGAGACGCUGUCGAAGGGCUCCUCCAGGGGGCGAGGGUCGCAGGAGAGAGAGCCGUCCCUAGCCCAGGGCGCGCGAGAAGGCAAGGGGGAGAGGGCUCGGCGCUGGUUUCUUCCCCCACCAUGCAGAAUAACAUUGCAUUGAUACCUUUGCGAGACCAUCCUUCAGAAGACACUGAUGCUCUGAUCCCCAUGCCGAACAAAUGGGAUUUUGUCCUAGUAUGUGACGAUCACAAAUCCUCCAUUAACAAGAGGAACAAGAAAGAAGAGUUUUUGGAAGAACUGCGUAAGAAAGGAUUCAUUAUCAAGACAAUUAAGGACAAAAAGCUAUUUUAUGGGAUCCGUGCCCCAAGCGCAGUUAUCCGGAAAUAUAAAUUCCUCAUGGGUAAUUCUGACUAUGACUUGGAGGGUCUGAGUGCGCAGCCAGAAGAGCAACAGGAGGAAAUGACUUGUACAAGGAUACGCAUUGUCAACUUUAUCCUGUACAGCACAAAGAUAUCGUCAAAGCAGAAUUUUCAAGACUUGAUGAAGGAGAAUGUCUUUGAAACAGCAUUUCCACUCCAUGAGAGAGAAAAGCUGGAUACAUUCCUGAAGAUAAAUUGGAGAAGCAUCUAUUAUAACGGUCUUAUCAAAGAACUCAGGAUGUAUUUCGGAGAGAAAGUUGCUCUGUAUUUUGCCUGGCUACAGUGGUACACUUAUGUCUUACUUGUAGCCGCAGUGCCAGGCAUUAUUCUUGUCAUAUAUGGAUUCAUAUCAUUCAAUUCCAGUCCGAUUAGCCAAGAGAUCUGUGCAGCCAACACAACUAUCAUGUGUCCACUCUGUGAUCAGAAGUGCCCAUUUUGGCCACUGUCAGACACUUGCACUUAUGCCAAGUUCACCCAUUUGUUUGACAAUGAAGGGACAGUACUCUUUGCAAUAUUCAUGGCUCUUUGGGCCACAGUGUACUUGGAACUAUGGAAGAGACAGAGAGCUAAAGUGGUUAGUGAAUGGAACCUAUAUUUGUGGGAUGAAGAGAAGGAUGAUGUGGCCAUGGAGCUCAUUAGUAAUCCAGACCAUGAGAUCCGGACGUACCAACACUCUUAUGUGCGCACUACCAUUGUGCUCAUCUUAUUUGCACUUAUGAUCUGCAUUCUGAUUGGUAUUGCCCAAGCGAUUGUUGUCUAUCGGGUCAUGGUGACAGUCCUAUUUGCUCAGUCCAACUCUGAAUUCUUUCGAGAGCGAGCCACUACUAUGGCAGUAGUAACAGGGGCUGUGUUGCAUUACAUGUCCAUCGUCACGAUGAGCAAGGUGAACAAGCAUGUAGCUGUGUUCCUCUGUGAUCUGGAGAAGCCAAGGACAUUGUCUGAACGUGAGAACAACUUAACAGUCAAAAUCUUCACCCUCCAGUUCGUCACCCAUUUCUCUUCUCUAAUUUACAUUGCUUUCUUCCUUGGGAGGAUUAAUGGCCGUCCUGGAAACUAUGUACGUGUUGCUGGCAAGUGGAGACUGGAAGAAUGCCACCCUAGUGGUUGCCUUUUAGAUCUCUUUCUCCAGAUGGCUAUAAUCAUGACAUUAAAGCAAACCCUGAACAACCUUGAGGAAUACUUGUUACCCUGGAUAAAGUAUCAGUUCAGAAAGCUUUGUGCCAAGCCCAGGCACCACAGCAAAAUCCACAUGGAGGAGAGUGCCCAGGACCAAUGCAAGGAGGACUGGCUGUGGAAUUACCAGCUGAAUGAAGUCGACAUCUUCAGUUUGUUCAAUGAGUUCUUGGAGAUGACAAUCCAAUACAGCUUCACCACCAUUUUUGUGGCUUCCUUCCCUCUUGCCCCAUUGCUGGCCUUUUUCAACAACCUCAUUGAAAUUCGGUGCGAUGCUAUCAAGAUGGUGAAACUGCAGAGGCGUAUGGUGCCCAGGAAAGCCAAGGAUAUCGGUAUCUGGCUGCAGAUCCUGGAAGCGAUUGGUAUUUUGGCUGUCAUCGCCAACGGCCUGGUGAUUUCCAUCACCUCAGACUUCAUCCCCAUGCAAGUGUAUAAAUACACACUCGGCCCAUGUGUACGGGAGAACUACACUGGCAUCAACUGUUUGACAGGUUAUGUGCACCACAGCCUUUCAGUAUUCUCCGUCCAGGACCUCAAGAAUCGCAAUGACCUGUCAGAUCUUAAAGACUCCACGGGAAAUAAAAUAACACACUGCAGGUACAGAGAUUACCGGAACAGCGAUGACUACAGUUACACUGUUGAGUUCUGGCAUGUUUUUGCAGCGCGCCUUGUCUUCCUUAUCUUGUUCGAACAUGUGGCCUUGUGCAUAAAACUGAUUGCAGCAUGGUUUGUACCCGAUGUCCCCAGAAGGAUUAAGAAUCUGCAUCUGAAACACAAAGAGAGGAGGCUACGGAAUCAACUAAGUGAAAUGGACGACUCCACAGAAGUAUAGUGAAAUGCAAAGGAGGGCGUUGAGAAGGAAUUUGGAGCCAGUGCCUUGCAGAAUUGAGCUACAGGCUUUGAAGAUGCCAGAUAAACUCUGCAGGCCUUGUCAUUCUCUUACAUAUACUACUGUUAGACUUUGUCUCUUCACCAAAAUGCAGAGAGAGCUUUAUAUGACAAGGCAGUUUUGAAUAUUUCAACAUUCCUCCAAGAAGUGAAAAUGUAUGGCAGGAAUACAGCUAUAUAUAAGAGAGUGAGACAGAAUUAUAUGGCCAUGUUUGACUGUCAAUAAAACAAUAAUUUAUUGAAGGGCUCGGAAGCAUUUUGGUUUACCAGGAUUUCCAUUUACUUCUACCAUGAGAGGCAGGCAACACAUCUGGCAUUUAUAAUGAAACUUGCACACAGCUAUAUGCCUCAUAAGCACUGGUCAUAAGCCAAGCCAAAAUCUCAG